GGGCAGGCGCCGGGCCUCGCUAACAAAGUCCUCCUCUCUUUGCUCCCUCCCACUUCAUUCACUUGCAAAUCAGUGUGUGCCCACAAGAGCCAGCUCUCCCCAGCCCGUACCCUUCCCAUCCCGAGAGCUGCAGUUCCAGCCGCGGCGGCGAGAACGGCGGAGCCCGCGACCGCGGAAGAAGCGGAGGCAGGAGCAGCCUGGGCGGGUCACAGGGUCUCCCCGGGCGCGGCAAGGAGAGCGGAGAUACCUUCUGAGAGCCAAGCGAAGCACAUUAAGGAAGAAAGGAAGAAUGAUGCUGGAAACAGUGCCCUGAGCAAAGCCACUUCACGGAGCAGGGUACCCACCACCCAGAGAGCGGACUGAGUCAUCAGAAUGAGAACUUACCGGUACUUCUUGCUACUCUUUUGGGUUGGUCAGCCCUACCCAACUUUUUCAAGCCCGUUAUCUAAGAGGACUAGUGGUUUCCCGGCAAAGAAAAGGGCCCUGGAGCUCUCUGGAAACAGCAAAAAUGAGCUGAGCCGUUCGAAAAGGAGUUGGAUGUGGAAUCAGUUCUUUCUCCUGGAGGAAUAUACGGGAUCCGAUUAUCAGUACGUGGGCAAGUUACAUUCAGACCAGGAUAGAGGAGAUGGAUCACUUAAAUAUAUCCUUUCAGGAGAUGGAGCAGGAGAUCUCUUCAUUAUCAAUGAAAACACAGGGGAUAUACAGGCCACCAAGAGGCUGGACAGGGAAGAAAAACCUGUUUACAUCCUUCGAGCUCAAGCUAUAAACAGAAGGACAGGGAGGCCAGUGGAGCCUGAAUCCGAAUUCAUCAUCAAGAUCCAUGACAUCAACGACAAUGAACCAAUAUUUACCAAGGAUGUUUACACGGCCACUGUUCCCGAAAUGUCUGAUGUUGGCACAUUUGUUGUCCAAGUCACUGCAACUGAUGCUGAUGAUCCAACUUAUGGGAACAGUGCUAAAGUGGUAUAUAGUAUCCUACAGGGGCAGCCCUAUUUUUCAGUUGAAUCAGAAACAGGUAUCAUCAAGACAGCUUUACUCAACAUGGAUCGAGAAAACAGGGAGCAGUACCAAGUGGUGAUUCAAGCCAAGGAUAUGGGUGGCCAGAUGGGGGGAUUAUCUGGGACCACCACAGUGAACAUCACGCUGACUGACGUCAAUGACAAUCCUCCCCGGUUUCCCCAGAGUACAUACCAGUUUAAAACCCCUGAAUCUUCUCCACCGGGUACACCAAUUGGCAGGAUCAAAGCCAGCGACGCUGACAUGGGAGAAAAUGCUGAAAUUGAGUACAGCAUUACAGAGGGAGAGGGGCUGGACAUGUUUGAUGUCGUCACCGACCAGGAAACCCAGGAAGGGGUUAUUACUGUCAAAAAGCUCUUGGACUUUGAAAAGAAGAAAGUGUACACCCUCAAGGUGGAAGCCUCCAAUCCUCACGUGGAACCCCGCUUUCUCUACCUGGGCCCGUUCAAAGAUGCAGCUACUGUCAGAAUUAUGGUGGAAGAUGUGGAUGAGCCCCCGGUCUUUAGCAAACUGGCCUACAUCCUGCAGAUAAGAGAAGAUGCUCAGAUAAACACGACAAUAGGCUCAGUCACAGCCCAAGAUCCAGAUGCUGCCAGGAAUCCAGUCAAGUAUUCCGUUGAUCGACACACAGAUAUGGACAGAAUAUUCAACAUUGAUUCUGGAAAUGGUUCAAUUUUUACAUCGAAACUUCUUGACCGAGAAACGCUGCUGUGGCACAAUAUCACAGUGAUAGCAACAGAGAACAAUAACCCAAAGCAAAGCAGCCGAGUCCCUCUAUAUAUCAAAGUUCUAGAUGUCAAUGACAAUGCCCCAGAAUUUGCUGAAUUCUAUGAAACCUUUGUCUGCGAAAAAGCAAAAGCAGAUCAGUUGAUUCAGACUCUACGAGCUAUUGACAAAGAUGACCCUUACAGCGGGCACCAAUUCUCGUUCUCUCUGGCCCCUGAAGCAGCCAGUGGCUCAAACUUUACCAUUCAAGACAACAAAGAUAACACGGCAGGAAUCUUAACUCGGAAGAAUGGCUAUAACAGACACGAGAUGAGCACCUAUCUCCUGCCAGUGGUGAUUUCGGACAACGACUACCCGGUCCAAAGCAGCACCGGGACCGUGACUGUCCGGGUCUGUGCAUGUGACCACCACGGGAACAUGCAGUCCUGCCACGCGGAGGCCCUUGUGCACCCCACGGGCCUGAGCACGGGGGCCCUGAUCGCCAUCCUUCUGUGCAUCGUGACCCUACUAGUGACAGUGGUGCUGUUUGCAGCUUUGAGGCGGCAGCGGAAGAAAGAACCUUUGAUCAUAUCCAAAGAGGACAUCAGAGACAACAUUGUCAGUUACAACGACGAGGGCGGCGGAGAGGAGGACACCCAGGCCUUUGAUAUCGGCACCCUGCGGAACCCCGAAGCCAUAGAGGACAGCAAAUUACGCAGGGACAUCGUGCCCGAGGCCCUUUUUGUACCCCGACGGACUCCAGCAGCUCGCGACAACACCGACGUCCGGGAUUUCAUUAACCAAAGGUUGAAGGAGAAUGACACGGACCCCACCGCGCCGCCCUACGACUCCUUGGCCACCUACGCCUACGAGGGCACCGGCUCGGUGGCCGAUUCGCUGAGCUCGCUGGAGUCGGUGACCACGGACGGAGACCAAGACUACGACUACCUUAGCGACUGGGGGCCCCGGUUCAAAAAGCUCGCGGACAUGUACGGAGGCGUGGACAGUGACAAAGACUCCUAACGCGUUGCCUUUUUCAUUUUCCAGUACGACACCGAAACCCGGUGCGGUGGUGGCUCUUUCUUUCUGCUGUACCCGCCGCUCCGGGAAGGGUUCUCUGUUCUACCCGUUCCAGACGCCGAUGGCUGCCGUCCGCGUGGAUCCAACGUUAGAGACUUUUUUCUAGUACACUUUUAUGAGCUUCCAAGAGGCAAAUGUUUAUUUUUUAGCGCAUCCAGUUAACCCCGUCGGUCCGCCCCACGGGCCCGGUGCUGGAGGAGAGCGCCGGGAGCGCAGUUGUCCCCUCGCUCUCUUAGGGCAAGUCGGGAACCUGCUCAGCUUCCCCGCCAUUGACUCAGGUCAGCUGGCUGCUCUGGCUGUGCAUUUCACAAGUUAAUGGGAUGACGGACUGUGCUUUAAUGAUUAAAAAAAAAAAAAAAUACAGUUUUAGUAGGGGAAAGGAGGGAGGCACCACUGUGAGGUUGGUCCUGGUAUAUCAGCUCCCGAGGAGAUAAUGAACUAUCUAUAUGGGUGUGUCGCGAAGAAUUCAAAAUGGUAUUUGCCCGUCCUCUUCGUUCUUUAAGAACUUUAUCUGGCACCGAUAACUAUUCAAAACAUCAAAUCCACCAAUGUUCUAAGAUUCGUGUUCCUCUUUUGGACUAGAAGCAAAUUAAAUGGUAACGUUCAAAAACAACAAACAAACAAAAUGUAGUAAUACCUCAUUCCUUGCCACUAACUCAUAAUCUGUUAUAUAUUAAACCUGCAAAAGUUUGCCCUUGUGUCAUAUAAAGAGAAAGGGAAAGUAGCUAAUGAUGUUAACAAAGGAAAUACUUAACAUAUUUUAAAGUUCGGGCCAUCAAAAGUACCACAGAGCACUUAAAAUUAUUUCAACCAUCGGUAGGCUAAUUACAAAUAAGUCUAACUGUUUAAAAUUCUUGAAGGAACUUUUCUGAGACAAAUUUUAACUCCUUGUCUGUAGUUGUUGUCAGUAUUAUUCUAAUAUACUUGAAAGUAGCAGCGUGAAGUACAAUAAUUCAUAUUCUUCAGAUACUUCGUACACAAUUAAGUUGCAUUAGUAAACAUAGAUUAAAUAAAACUCAAACCCCGCCCUCAGAGUUUAAUGGGGGAAAUGAGAGCCAGCUACACUUGAACUUGAAACCCUGUCCUUCACAUCUGGAAACAUCUAUAUAUUUAUAUGACAUGAUAGAUAUAGACAUAUUGUUGAGGUCAUAGUAAAAAACUACAUAGUACAUGUUUGGAAGAUGCUUCCAAAGGGAAAAUUUUGAUUCCCUUCAAUAAGAGUGUUUAAGAUUGUAUUAAAAUGAUAGUUGACUUUCAAGAGCAUUAAUAUUUUUUCAUUGUUUUUAACUUUGUUGCUAUGGCAACCAUGCCAUCCUUGUCUUUGAACUAAUGAUAAAGUAAUGGUCUCAAACUACAACAGAAAAGUAAUGUACAAUCCAUCCAAUCUAUUAUUUCUCUAAUUAUGCAAUUAGCAUCAUAGUUAUUAUCCAGAGGACCCAACUGAACUGAACUAAUCCUUUUGGCAGGUUCAAAUCAUUUAUUUCAUAUGGCGGUUCUAAUGAUUUGUAUCAUUAGAAUCUUACAUUGUGCAGUCAUCAGAAAUUUCCAAAGUACUGUAAUGAAAACAUCGUUGUUUUGAAAACUUUAAAAAAAAAAGCAAACCCAGGCUCUGUGUGUGUAUAUAUAUACAUAUAUAUAUAAAUAUAUAUUAUGUACUUAAGAAUAUGCUGACUUCAAGUAUUAGUCUUAGGGAUUUAUUUUCAAUUAAUGUUAAUUUUCUACAGAUAAUCUUAAUGUUAUUUCUAUUUGGGGAUACUGUCGUAUCAGUACAUACUUUCUAUUUGGAAACAUACAGUUAAGUUUUAAAUAGGUGUUAUUAACCCAGGAAGUAAAGACGGCACCUUUAAAAUAAUAGAAAUGUAGUCUUUGGGUUACCCAAUUAGAGUGAAAAAGUUUUAUAUCCAUAUUCUACCUUGUGUUUCCUGAAUGGUUUCCUAUUUUGUCAUGGGCUUCCCUGUGUACUAACAAGUAUUUCAUGUUUUCAGGGUUUUCCUUUGUUAGUUCUUCACGCACACACACACACACACACACACACACACGAAUGCAAACAAAAUUCUACAGGAGGGUUUCACUAUAAUGAAUAUCAUAGUCACAGUUAAAUGUUGAAAAAAGAUAGCUUAGUAAAGUUAAUUGGUAAGAACUAGUUAUUUAUAGCAAUAGAACACCACCUUAAUCACAUGACUUACUGUAAAAUUAAAGAGCUCUCUGUCCUUAUGUUUCAUGUCAUGUAAUAAAUUGUAUCAAGAAAGAUAGUCCUAUAAAAAGAAAGAUAUCAUCAGAAGUCUUCCUUUUGAACUUUUGGGUUAAUUGGAAUGUCUGAGGGUCGACACUAGCAACUUUUAAUGUUUAAGGGUAAGGUUUUUCUCUCCUCGUAAGUGAAAGUAAGUAGUUCUGUAGAGGAAUAUUUGAGAUAUAAUUGGCAGGGUAUAUUGUCCCACCUCAAAGAUGGUACAGUGAGCCGAGAACAAGUUAAUAUUACUAAAUAUUGAAAUAACUGCUUAAUCUCUUACCACAAAACCUGAUGAUGAAUUGAAUUCCUAAGAAAUUGGAUACUUUAAGACUAGAGCUGAAUAUUUAGUACUAGGGUCCUGUAAGUAUUUUACUACAAUUAAUUUACUACCAUUAAUACUCUCUGAUGUCAUGGAAAUAAUGAGAGCCGUAUUUCCAUAAUGCCAUGUGGUCUCACUUCCUUCCCACCAAGAUAUGGCAUCAAGGACCCUAGCCAACAUGAAUGAUUACUGGGGAAAAAAAUUAAGUUUUCGGCUCAGUUUUCACAAAGUCUCUGUCCUGAGAUUAGAUGUUAAUGGCGGGAAGGAUGGAAGGAAAAUGGGAAGAGGUAAAAUUUAAUAUUUGGCUUAGUCACUGUGAAACUAAAACUCCUUAAUUAUAAGCAGAUCACUUUUGUGGGUUGCUUCAAGGACUCUGAGGCCCUUCUGAAAGUUUUCUCCCCUCCAUUCAAAGGGGAGAAUUUCUUCAAGCCACUAAGUUGUUCCCUAAAAUAAGAUGGGAUUUUUCAAAUGUUAAAACUAUCGUAUAUAAGUUUACAAUCCUUUCACUUCCUAGCUACUUUCUGCUGAAAGGCUUAAUUUUUGUUUGUCUCCAAAUAAAAAGUGAAAUCAAAUGGGAGAAAAGAAAAUAUGGUUCCAUGGAACCAUAAGGCAGGGCCUACUCUGGGCACAACAAAGAAAUGGUUUUUUUAUUUUUUACAGAGUUUUCUUAGCUUUACAGUUUAGUUGCAUAAAGGGAGCUUCAGAUACAAAUGGACUCCUUUUUCAAAUGAAACAAAACCUGGCAAUUCAAUUUUAACUCAUUAAAAAAAAAAAUUUCUGGCUUAGUUGUUCAUUUUGAACUCCAAAAACAAUUGUACAAAACUCUCUUAAAAGUUGAAUCUCUAUCUUAGAAACAUCCAAAUCUUACAAAUCCAAAUUAACUUUAGAAAGUUUCCAUUACUUUCAUUUCUAAGUACAUGAAUAUUAGAUGUCCUGAUUUGCUGAGCAAUACUUCCCAUCAAAUGCUUUGCCUUCAAAUGGGUAUUUGUUUCAUCAGAGAUAAUAAUGUAUAACUAUGUAUGUACAAACUAUGAAUUAAGAAUUCCUCAAUUCUACAUACUUGAGGACCAUAAAAUUAUGCAGCUGAGGGGAAGAACAGAGUUGAUUCUUGGGCACAAACUAAGUAUUUAAAUCAGGCACACCUAAAUUCAUUUUCCCCAGGAACCAAACUACCAAAUCAAUUCUCUUACCCUAGCCACUACUUUUAAAGCAAUAUAAUUACUUUGGAAGAACGCUCUAGAAAGUCAUGACCACACCCCUGCCCCUGCCACUAUUUUGAAAGGUGUCCUCUAAAAUGGAUCAUUUUAGUGUCAUUUUAUUUUUUGUGAUUUCACCUACAUGAAAUCUAUUUUGAACUGUGCCAGGGGAUUAAACAGUCAAGCAUUUACAUGUAACACUAAAACCCAGCCCCCUUAAUUACAAGAGUGGAAAGAUUAAGAUUUAGUGUAUGGAUCUUCAAGAAGAUGAACUAUUUCCCAAGAUCUGACAAGUAGCUUUCUUUUCCAGAGAAUACAGAAUUACAGUAUGGUCUCCUUAAAAGUUCAGUGACUAUUACGCUUGCAGCAUUUUUAAUCUCCCUUUGGCAUCUAUGGAAUAGUUUUCUAAAGGGGAAGUUCUCAACCAAAAAAACAUCAGACCCUGACGCUAUUUAGUGUGCAGAGGAAUACCCUCUUAGAAAGGAAAUACAUUGACUCACACACUUGUUAAAAGUUAAUAAAGAGAUAGCUCAUUUUUAAAGCCAGAAGUUUAUGGUCUCUGCAUCGUCAAUUUAAUUUAAGCAUUGCUGAGACAAUCUUUAAUCUACUCCCCAUUUUGUAAUACCUUAUUUAUGAUGCAUUUUCAUUUUUUAAUUUGGGGGGAACGUAAGCCCGACAAAGCCAGCAGAUGAAAGUGCCAAAAGGAGGUCAAAUGGAAACAAAGCCUAUUACCCACUGUAUUUCAGACAGGACCGAGGCACUUAGCCUGAGAGCCACUGGGUUAUUAGAUUAAUUUCAAAAGAGCUUUUACAAGUUGCUUAAUUCCAUUUUUUUUUUUUUUUUGAAACCCAUGGACCACAAACUCAAAUUUCUCUUCAAAUGGGGUUAAUUUGACAAAUGAGGCAUGGACCCAGCGUUGUGGAAAAAGCAUUCCACUAUAAUGAGAUCCUGGUUUUUCUUGCGAGACUAUGUUAUUUAUGUAAAUAUGUCUAGAGGCACCUUCUAUAAGCUUUUAGUUUUCUAUGAUCUAUUAGUUUAGCGUUUAUUAAGGAAUCAAAUGUAUAGAACUGCUAAGGCGUUCAGGGAGAAUGCUGUGUAGCAAACCAACCGAUCUGUUCCGAAGAAAUGGAGGAACGCUUCAAAACCACCGUAUUGUUUUGUUUGUGAUUCUUUUCAUGGCUUUGAAAGUAAACUGCGUUAAGAAUAGGCCUUAUAAUAAAUGCUACGUGCGUCUUCAGCAGUAUCAAGCUAAGGCAAUUUGGCAUUCUCCUACUGUGAUUUGUGAUUUUAAACCCAGAAAAUAAAAGCUUUUUGGUAUUGAUUGUUUUUAAUUAAAAAUACCCGCAAGUAUAAAUUGAAGCUGAUGCCACCCUGGGAGAUUUCUGGCUGUAACGCUCAGUCACAGGGUUUUUCUCACUCUCGCCCGUAUCUCUGGCGAUGAGAACACCUGAUAGAAGCAACCACUGCUCAGCUCUCAUCAACAUUUCUAGUCGGGGAGAUUUUCGUAACUUCACAGUUCACAUGAGAAAGUUUCCUGUAUUCGAAGGAGAGGUAAGACAAUUACCUACAGCUCAGUGUGGCCGGGCCCUUUGUGCUAGUCCAAUGGCAAAGACGUGCUCCUUGAAAUGGCUUCUUUUCUUUUCCUUUGUUUUCUUAGACGUAUACAUUUGAAAAGAAUGCAAUUUAAAAAGUGAUUUCUCACAAAGAGUAAAUAUGCCUUUUGCAAAUCAAUUUUUGUAACAAGUUAUUUAUAUGAUAUUACUUAAUAAACUGUUUUUUUCUAA